AUGAAGACAGAUGAAGCUUGCACUCGCAGAGGAAUGUGGUGCGCUAGUGAAAUGAAGAGACAGAGAAACGAACUCGAUGAAGUUACCGUUACCCUUAGAGCCCUUGGCAUGUUCUGUAAGCAACUUCAACUACCUUUGUCUCAUAACAUCGAUGAAGUUACCCUUACCCUUGCUGUCAAGGGGACCCCAAACCCGGAGGACAAAUUCACGGUGACUUAUACUACGAUUCUUGCUUUUUGUGCGGAUCAUGAAGAUUUUCUAUUUGGAUUACAACUGCAUUCUCUUAUAUUUAAGUCUGGUUUAGAUGGUGAAGUUUUUGUUGGAAAUGCACUUAUAAGUAUGUAUUCGAGGUUGAGGCGGUUAAUAGAAGCUAGGAGCGUGUUUGAUGAAAUGGCGAAUGAGGAUCUGGUUUCAUGGAAUGCAAUACUAUCAGGUUACUCUCAAGAGGGAAAUCAUGGGCUUGGGGCGAUUUUUGUCUUUAUUGAGAUGGUGGGAGAAGGGAUGGGGUUAGAUCAUGUCUCAUUUACUAGUGCAGUUUCAGCUUGCGGACAUGAAAUGAAUUUAGAACUUGGGAAACAGAUACAUGGCUUGACAAUUAAAUCAGGAUAUGGAAUGCAUGAUGAUCGCAACGUAGUGUCUUGGACAACUAUGAUUUCAAUAGACGAAGAAGAUGCCAUCUCUCUAUUUAAUGAGAUGAGAUUGGAUGGAGUAUAUCCAAAUGAUGUUACAUUUGUUGGACUAAUCCAUGCUAUAUCAAUUAGGAAGUUGGUGGAGGAAGGCGAAAUGAUUCAUGGGUUUUGCAUAAAGACUGGCUUUUUAUCAAAGCAUAAUGUUUGCAACAGCUUGAUCACCAUGGAAAUCAUAUCGUGGAAUGCUUUGAUUUCAGGGUAUGCUCAGAACGGGCUGUGUCAAGAUGCACUAAAAACAUUCUUGGUAGCAUCUAUGGAGUCGAAGCCAAACAAUUACACAUUUGGUAGUGUCUUGAGUCCAAUUGGUGCUCUUCUUGACAUGUAUGCAAAACGAGGAAGCAUUUGUGAGUCCAAAAGAGUUUUCAGUGAGACGCCUCAUAAAAGUCAGUUUGCUUGGACUGCAAUAAUAUCUGCAUAUGCUGGGCAUGGAGACUAUGACUCAGUGAUAGAAUUGUUCAAGGAGAUGGAGAGAGAAGGGGUAAGACCUGAUUCAGUCACAUUUCUUUCUAUACUAGCAGAAUGCAGCAGAAAUGGAAUGGUGGAGAUGGGCCGUCACCUCUUUCAUUCAAUGGUGAAAGACUAUCAUAUUGAACCAUCUCCUCAACAUUAUUCAAGUAUGGUGGACAUGUUAGGACGUGCAGGGAAAUUGGAGGAAGCAGAGGAAUUGAUGAGUCAGAUCCCAGGACAGCCAGGGUUUUCGUUGUUGCAAAGCCUGCUUGGGGCUUGCAGGAUCCAUGGGAAUGUGGAGAUGGCGGAGAGAGUAAAUCAUUAUACUUUCCAGCCUGUACUAUCAUCCCAUCUCUCAUGA